AUGAUUGGUAGACUAUCUAAAGGAGUUUUGAGCAGUUCUCACCAUGCAAUUGCUUUGUUCCACACAGGAAUCCCGGCUUUUCAUAGCGUCAGUACAACAGUAACUGCUGGUUCUUCCGCUCUUAACGAAACUAUUGUCCCCCCUGCGACUACAUCCUCAGAUCUCAGUACCCUGCUUCAAAAUGUAAGAGAUAACACGAAGGUGAGGACGAACUGGACGAGAGAAGAAAUCUCGGCUCUAUAUAACUCACCCCUUAUGGAUUUAGUGUACGCAGGUGCUACGGUUCACAGGAAAUUCCACGAUCCAUCGGAAGUUCAAUUGUGCACUCUCAUGAACAUUAAGUCUGGCGGAUGUACCGAAGAUUGUAAAUACUGUGCACAAAGUAGUAGAUAUGACACAGGUGUCAAAGCAGAAAAGGUUGUCACCGUAGAACAGGUCAUUUCAGAAGCUCGUUUAGCCAAAGAGAAUGGCUCUACAAGAUUCUGUAUGGGUGCAGCUUGGCGUGAUAUGAAGGGCCGGAAAAGCGGUCUCAAGAGAAUUGCCAAUAUGGUCAGCGAAGUUAAUAAGCUUGGCUUAGAGAGCUGUGUUACUUUAGGAAUGGUCAAUGAAGAACAGAUGAAAGAAUUAAAGGAUGCAGGGCUUACAGCAUAUAACCACAAUGUCGAUACCUCAAGGGAGUAUUAUCCAAGUGUGAUAUCAACACGUUCAUAUGAUGAAAGACUUCAGACCAUCGAUAAUGUUCGUAAAUCCGGCGUUAGUGUCUGUUCUGGUGGAAUUUUGGGUCUAGGUGAGUCCACUGAAGAUCAUAUUGGAUUCCUGCACACCUUGUCAACUAUGCCAGAGCAUCCUGAAUCGGUCCCUGUAAACAAACUUGUGCCUAUCAAAGGAACUCCAUUGGGCGAUAGACAGGCCCAGGAAAUCCAACUUCCUUUUGACGCUGUCCUUCGAACAGUUGCUACAGCAAGAUUGAUUAUGCCCAAGUCCAUUAUCAGACUAGCGGCUGGUAGGUAUACCAUGAAGGAGCAAGAUCAAAUGAUGUGUUUCAUGGCUGGUGCAAAUGCCAUAUUUACAGGCAAGAAAAUGCUCACUACCAUGUGUAACGACUGGAAUGAUGACAAAACUAUGCUAUCUAAAUGGGGAAUGAAACCAAUGAAGAGCUUUGAAAGGAAGAUUAAAAAUGCAGAAAAGCUGUCUCUAUAG